AUGCAGCUCGCAGCGUUUGUGGACCGCGUGGGUGCAGCCAUCGGCGCACGUGACGGGUCUGCGCUCGCCCAGAUGAUGAAUCUGACAAGUGGAUGUACAUCUGUCGACAUGCAGUCGCUAUCGGUUCAGUCAGUGGCUCAGACGUGCCAGGAUAAACUGGCUCGCUUUGACACGUACGCUGAGGUGGUAGCAGGUAUCAUGCAGGCGCGCAAGCACGUGGACGCUCAGAGAUAUGCCGAAGCUUAUGAUGCUCAGAUCGGGGCUGUGAUGAAGUUUAUGGAAAUUUUUCGGGAGGAGACGAAUUGGGUCAUCCCUUUUGUGCACGUGCUAUUUGUAGACACGCGGCUAUUGGCUGCGCGGGCGGAUUUCCAGGCUUCGGAAAAGGCUGGAAGCGACGUGCAUGACAGUCUGCGCAGUGCAGAGCAGCAUUUGAAGAAAGGGUUUGCGAUGACAGCAAACGACCGAGCUCCGCCCGAGCACAAUAAGAAGAUGGGCGCUCUUUUCAUUGUGAACCAGCUCUUUAAGAUCUACUUCAAGCUCAAUAUGAUCCACCUGUGCCGCAACCUCAUUCGCGCCGUCGAAGGACCGGCGUUCCCGCCAUUUGAGCUUUUCAACAAGAGCGACAAGGUCACGUACCAAUAUUACGUCGGUCGUAUCUCCAUGUUUGAAGACCAAUACAAGAAAGCGGAGACGUGUCUCGACUAUGCGUGGAAACACUGCCAUCGCAACAAGACGCGCAACAAGCGCAUGAUUCUGCAGUUUCUCGUGCCGGUGAAGUUGCUGCUGGGUGUGAUGCCCUCACCAAAGCUUCUGUCGGAUUUCUCACUGGGAGAGUACACGGGUCUAACGAACGCCAUCCGUGGCGGCAACCUGCACCUUUUCACAAACUAUGUGAACCAGUAUCAAGACAAGUUUAUCCACCAGGGCGUGUAUCUAUUGAUCGAGAAACUCCGCCUCUUGGUUUUGCGAAACCUGUUCAAGAAAGUUUACCUGAUCCAGGAAAGCCACCAACUGCAGAUGCAAGACUUCCAGCUGGCGCUGCAUGUAGCCACGGGGCACUCGAUGGACAUGGAUGAGAUCGAAUGUGUGCUGACGAACCUCAUCUUCAAAGGCUACAUCAAGGGAUAUAUGUCGCACACGAAGAAGAUCCUCGUCGUCAGCAAGACGCAGCCGUUUCCUCCGAUUGUAAGCGUGGCGAGUUAG